AGAAAGAAGAAGACGACGACGACGACGACGACAAAAGCACAGAAAAAAGCAGCAAUACUGAACAACAAAAGCGACGAAAGAAGAAAAAGAAGAAGAAGGAAUAAGCAAAACACAACAAACAAAGGCUAAAUUCAUUUCUGUAUCGGCAUACACUACGUGUACACCGUGUUUUGCUCCGUGUUCGUACGUAUUGUUCGUAAAACGAAACACACAGUGCGAGCGAGCGAGCGAGAAAGAAGAAGCAAGCAGCUCCGAUAUAGGUAAAAUAGCAUUAUAUCUAUAUGAUAUUUUUUCUGUGCCUGUUACGCUUCAGUGCAACUGUGAUCGUCGGACAACAAUAAUGUUUAAACAGAGUGCGAGCUGAUUUGUUCGAUAUUAUUUGUAACCGUUUCGAGCUCUGUGCUCUGUUGUCGGUGCCUGAACAUAUUUUUCGUUAACCAACCGUCUCACAGUGUGCGCGUGUUUUUAGUCGUGUUUUUUUUCUCUCUCUCUCUCUCUCCCAGUCUGUCUCACUGGAUUAAGAGACAAAUUCACAAGUUCUAAACACAGAAGAAAAAAAAACCGAUGUGACCGACAAAUUAGAAAAGAAAGAAACAUCACAUUUGGUUGUAAUCAUUCAAAUUUUAAACUAAUUAGCAAACGAAAAAGAAUCGAAUCGGUUUUCUUAUCUCGAUUGAAGCAAAUAUUGCUCGUGUUAUUUGGCCACUUAAAAUUUUGUUGUGAUAAAAGUGCGCCGAUACACAAUGUGAAGUUAAACGGUCCAGCAAACUGUUGAACAAAGAUAAUUUCGUCGAUUUUUUUUUCUCGUUGGAAAUCGAACGUGAAGAACGAAUUAUAACUACGUCAAACGGAGAAGUAGCAGCAGCAGUAGCUAAAAAAGAACAACAACAUCAAACCAAAAAAAAAAGGUGGCCACUCUCAGGAUACCAACAAAGAAUUAUUUUUCGUGUGUGAUAACCCGAAACACGGCGAUAAUCAUAUUCGUCUGAAUCGAUAUAUACAUAGAUGAUUAUUGUGUAGAGUGUUCUGGUUUAACAGACCUACAGCUCAUUUUAUUGUUCGUGUUCGCGUUCGCGGUCAUAAUUUUGCUUCUUUGUAUUUUGAAAUAGAAUUCAAGAGCAGUGAAAUUUUGGGCACAGUUCAUUUUAAUUUUCUAUGCCUCGUCGUCAUAUCGUUUCGCUCUCAUUUCGACAGUGUGUUUUCAUCGGACGAAACGUCUAAUUUCUGUGAAAGAAGAGAAACGAAAAAAAUAAUAAUAAGAAACGAAUUCGAUUCGGAUUUUACCAUGCAUUCUUUCUCUCUUGCCAUCGAAUCGCAAUGUUCUAAUUAACUAGUGACGAGAACAAAAAAAAAAGUAACAACAAUCACAACAACAAAUGUCGAGUUUGGAGCCUGAGCAAAUAAUUAAUGACAAACGAUAAAGUUUUUUUUCGCAUUGCUCGAUGAGUCGUUGGAAAAAACUACAACCAAUUUGAUCGAUAGAAUUCUACUGUCAAUAACGGCAACACGCAGUGUCGGGAAAAAAAGACAACAAGCCGAAAAGCAAAUAGCAACAAAAACCCAACACAACACAACACAACACAACACACGAAUCCACAAUGAAUAACCAUAGUAUGAACGACACGAGUAGCCGACAAUCAUCACAGUUAUCGAAUUCAUCACAUCAUCGGCGGACAAACGGUGGAAUGCAUCACAGCAGCAAUGGCAGCAGCAGUCAUAAAAGCAGCAAUUCGAUAAAUCCAAGCAUUUGGACAACGAACACAUCGAGGUCCAGUUCAAAGAGUAAUUUUACAUCCGGCUCGAAUGAUUUUCAUUUCAUUCAAGCGAGUGAUAUCAACACAACAAAGAGCAGUGAUGUACAAAAUGGUUCCACUGCCAAACUAUUACCAUACGGCGAUGACCAGUCGAACAAUCAGUCAAAAUGUUCGAUAUUUCGUGAUGUGAUGUUAUGCCUGUGUUUAAAUCUAACAUAUGCGAAUGUUGUACGUUUUCCCCGAGAACUAGAUCGACAUGGCGUCGCAUUUUUGCUACCAUAUUUAUUGCUAUUUCUGUUGGUUGGUAUACCAAUUAUACUGUUGGAAAUAGCAUUAGGUCAAUUCUUGGGUCAAGGUUCAGCUCAUUCAUGGCGUGCAUCACCAAUUUUUCGCGGUGCAAGUAUUGUUGGCCGUUUGGGAUCAUGGCUUGGAGCAAUAUCGAUAUCACUCCAAGGCGCUCUGGGAAUGGUGUAUAUCGGUGAAAUUUUAUUGAAAUCUGUGCCAUUUAAUCAAUGUGAAAACGCCUAUGAUCAUAGAACAGAACCACUUACGCCAUUAAAGGGACAGGCAUGCAUGGAAAAAACCUUUUUGACACCUGUUUGGGAAAAUACUCUUUAUUUUGCGUUGAUCUCGAUGAGCCUUGUCGUUGUAUGGACACUUGCUGCUGCUUGUACCUACAGUGCGAAAACGCUUCGUCGAUCGAUAAUUAUCGUUGGUUUAGUGACCUUAGGUUUAUUAAUUUUCGAAACCGGCUGGGAAGCCACAAAAGCCGUAAACAGUAAAAAAGACCCACAGCUUAACAUAACAUCGAUAACCGUUGAAAAAAUAUUGCCACUAAACGGUGACAUAUGGUAUGAUGCGCUUGUUCAAGUGUUGCUUUCCACAAACAUUGCGAUUGGCCUGUUGCCGGUCGUCACUGGCAAAUUUAUUUACAAAGGAGAUGCCGUCAGAACGUCAUUGGUUUACAUAAGCUUCAAUGUGCUGGUGCUAAUAUUUUCGACGACAUUUUUUCUGAUUCAAUUCAACAAUACGUACACAUUGAAUUCAACACUUGUUGUGCCCGUGCCGGAGCUCAAGCCAUUCACAUCCGUUUACGAUAAUGCACUCGAGUAUGUUGGCGAUGAAGCAACACCGAUGCUAACCGGAAUGGCGUACGCAAUGAUUGUGCUCGUGUCGAUAACAACAAUUGCACUGCAAAUAUACACAGCAGCCCGACUGAUUCGACGGCAUCCGUGCUAUGUGAUGUGCGCCACAGCGUUAAUUGUCGCAAUUACCGGUCUACUGUGCCCCGACUACAUUGUGAUGCGUUUGUUUGAUAUGCGCAUCGUUGGUGCAUUCAUUGUUUGCGCAUUAAUCUUUGACCUGAUUUCGAUCACGUGGAUUUAUGGUGCCAAGAAUAUCUACACCGAUUUGGAAUUUUCAAUUGGACGACCGAUUUCGAAGGUGUGGGUGUUUCUUUGGUGUAUUACGCCAAUUUUGCUCAUGUCAAUGCUAAUCUGGUGGGCAAUUGGCUACAAUCCCGACGAUUUAUUAAUCGAUUACGUACCAAAGUGGUUACCCAUCGCAAUAGCGCUGAGUAUAAUUGCAUUUUUGGCCUUCACCGAGGUGUACAAGCAAGUCGACUAUAAUUGUUGCAGUAUGAUUCGAGAGGCGGGCAUUUCGUCAAAAGAUUGGGGCCCAGCCGAUCCGAUUGUACGUCAUGCGUGGAAACAAUGGACGGCCGUAUGCGAAGAUACUGGCGAAAAAGACUUUACUUUACGGCGACGUGGUACACGUGACUAUACGCAUUCCAUCAAGCGCAAUCAAUGCUCACACAAAAUCAAUUCGGCAUAUUCGGUUGGAAGUGUGCCAAACGCCACCAGCAACUAUGUGAUGAAGACAUCAACACUUGGUCGCGGCUCGCCAAAUUAUGCGGGCUCAAUAUUUGGCGAUUCAGCCAUCGAAGAGGACAUAAGCAUCGGUAACUAUCCAGUGCAAUACAACACAAGUACACAGCGCAUGAUUGUACCAAAUACGGAUGAUCGCAGUAAAUCCACACUGAAUCGUUGCGCCAGCAACGAUCCACGGAAGAUGAUCAUUCGAUUGCAACAGAAUACCGUACAAGAGAAACAGAAAAUCUACGUGCCCGGAAUUAAUCCGUCACAGCCGUCGACAAUGGAACGUGACAAAGGCCGAAUGGCGGCCAAAUUGAAUGGCAUCACAUCCGAUUACAGCAGCCGAAUCAUCAUAAAUGCACCGCAAAGGCAUUCCAUCAUCAGUCCCAGUUCAUUAACAUCACACGAAACCGAUAACAAUAACUAUAGCAGUCUUCGACGAGCAGAAAAUGCAAACCACUUACCAUCAUCAUACCUAAACAAUCAUAAAUCCGAACAUAUUUGCUGGCGCAAAUAUUCAAGCAAUGCCGAAGAAUUUUCCACGGAAUUAUAGUGUAGAAAUUUGUAAGAAACAUAUUGUUUAGAUGAGAUAUAUAUAUAUACAAAUUGUAGCAAAGUAUUUGUAAUAUUAAUUUAUAAUUGAGAUGAAAACAAAUGAAAAUUUAGAUGGAAAACAAAUGAAUAAUUGAAAAUCUUGUAAAAAGAUUGCGAUAAUGAAAUGAAAAGGAGUUCAAAAAUACCAAAUAUAGAAAAACGACAACCAAGCUCAAAUUUAGUA